AGAUAAGUAUAGUAUUACGUGGCAGUAUAGUAUUUGACAGUGAUUUUUGCAUCUGUAACCACCGGGUGAUUUUUACAUUUUAUGACAACCUGUAACAGUGGUUUUGACUCGCGCGGGCCAUCGGAAAAAUGGUGGCUAAAAGCUAGGUUCCCCCUUUUCUAUUCCCACUUUCUUUUCUUUUGUUCAAUUCAAUUCACAUAAAUUAAACUCGGUGCUUUCUCUGUUACUUCUCUCAUAAUCAAAACUCCUCAAUCUCUAUCUAUCAUCUAAAUUCCAACACCAAAACCUCUCUCUUUACUACUCCACAGUCUCUCCCAAUUCUCAACAAUUUCAACAUCACACAAUUUCUCUACUUACUUCUGAUCUAGCGGGUCCGGAGAUACUCCGGGCCCACCACCAUUGCCGAACCUAGGGUUCUUCUUCGUUUUCAUCCAUCCGAUUUCCUAUAGUGAACGAUGGGUUCGAAACCGUGGCUACAUCCUGCUCCAACUUAUACACCUAUCGAAAGUUUUUGGGAUACUGAUGAAGAUGCUCCCGGUCCUCGCUGUGGACAUACUCUUACCGCGGUUGCCGCUACUAAGACUCAUGGUCCGCGGUUGAUUCUGUUUGGUGGUGCAACUGCCAUUGAAGGAGGAUCCACUUCUGCUCCUGGCAUUAGAUUAGCUGGAGUUACGAAUUCGGUUCAUUCGUAUGACGUUGAGACCAAAAAAUGGACUAGGAUUAAACCUGCUGGAGACCCGCCGUCUCCUCGGGCUGCUCAUGCUGCAGCGACGGUUGGGACCAUGGUUGUUUUUCAGGGUGGGAUAGGUCCUGCCGGGCAUUCCACCGACGAUCUGUAUGUGCUUGACUUGACCAAUGAUAAAUACAAAUGGCACAGAGUCGUUGUACAAGGGCAGGGACCGGGGCCUCGCUACGGCCAUGUAAUGGACUUGGUUGCUCAGAGAUAUCUUGUUACCGUCAGCGGAAAUGAUGGAAAACGAGUUGUAUCUGAUGCUUGGACUUUAGAUACGGCUCAAAAGCCUUAUGCGUGGCAGAAGCUGAACCCAGAAGGCGACAGGCCUUCUGCUAGAAUGUAUGCGACUGCUAGUGCCCGCACAGAUGGAAUGUUUUUACUCUGUGGUGGAAGAGACUCUUCUGGAACUCCACUAGCAGACGCCUAUGGACUACUCAUGCAUAGAAAUGGCCAGUGGGAAUGGACUCUUGCACCUGGAGUUUCCCCUUCACCUAGGUAUCAACAUGCAUCGGUUUUUGUUGGUGCACGAUUACAUGUUACAGGAGGUGUUCUUAGGGGUGGGCGAGCUGUGGAAGGUGAACCAUCCAUUGCAGUAUUGGAUACUGCUGCCGGGGUUUGGUUGGAUAGAAAUGGCAUUGUGUCCUCAUCACGCUCAAACAAAGGUCAUGAUUAUGACCCUUCUUUGGAGCUUAUGCGUCGUUGUCGUCAUGCAGCAGCAGCUGUUGGUGUUCGAGUCUAUAUCCAUGGUGGUCUUAGAGGAGAUACACUACUGGGUGAUUUCUUAAUGGCUGAAAAUUCGCCACCAGGUUCACCUUUUGCUAGUCCCAAACUUAAUCAGCCUAACUUAAAUUAUAAUGGAGACACACCAAGUUUGGAUGAUGGACCAGAAACCCCGUCAUUUGGUGGCCCAGGCUUGGACAAAUAUUCUCUGGAGAAACUGAGGGAGGCAUCAGCUGCUGAAGCUGAGGCAGCUAGUGCUGUUUGGCAAUCUGUGCAAGCUAUAUCAAGUAGUCCCGCUGAUGAAACAUCUGUGUCAGAUGACAACUCACAUGCUGCAGACACAGUUGCAGAUGGAAGUGACACAGAGGGAGAUGUUCACCUUCAUCCUAGAGCUGUUGUAGUUGCUAAAGAGGCUAUAGGUAGCCUAGGUGGAAUGGUGAGACAAUUGUCACUCGAUCAAUUUGAAAAUGAAAGCAGACGCAUGCUUCCCAUAAACAGUGAUUCACCAUAUCCUACAAAAAAGUUCACCAGGCAGAAAUCCCCUCAGGGUUUACAUAAAAAGAUAAUUUCAAAUUUGCUCAGGCCUCGCAACUGGAAAGCGCCUGCAAAUAGGCGGUUCUUCUUGGAUUCUUAUGAAGUGGGUGAGCUUUGCUAUGCUGCUGAGCAAAUAUUUAUGCACGAACCAACUGUUCUUCAGCUGAAAGCUCCUGUCAAAGUAUUUGGUGAUCUUCAUGGUCAGUUUGGUGAUUUGAUGCGGCUAUUUGAUGAAUAUGGAUUUCCUUCAACCGCAGGAGACAUCACGUAUAUUGACUACCUGUUUUUAGGAGAUUAUGUUGACCGAGGACAGCACAGCUUGGAAACCAUUACCUUACUACUUGCUCUUAAGAUUGAAUAUCCUGACAAUGUUCACUUGAUACGUGGAAAUCAUGAAGCUGCUGACAUAAAUGCAUUAUUUGGUUUUCGUAUAGAGUGCAUUGAACGAAUGGGUGAAAAUGACGGCAUAUGGGCGUGGACAAGAUUCAAUCAACUUUUUAACCAUCUUCCACUCGCUGCUCUUAUUGAAAAGAAAAUUAUAUGUAUGCAUGGUGGCAUUGGAAGAUCUAUCCAUUCAGUAGAACAGAUAGAGAAGAUUGAAAGGCCCAUAACAAUGGAUGCAGGAUCUAUUAUUUUAAUGGAUCUUUUAUGGUCUGAUCCCACAGAAAAUGAUAGUGUGGAGGGUUUGAGACCAAAUGCUAGAGGGCCAGGGCUCGUCACUUUCGGGCCUGACCGUGUGACAGAAUUCUGUAAGAAAAAUAAAUUACAGCUCAUCAUAAGGGCCCAUGAGUGUGUCAUGGAUGGUUUUGAGCGAUUUGCCCAGGGACAAUUAAUCACGCUUUUUUCUGCAACUAACUAUUGUGGAACUGCAAACAAUGCGGGAGCUAUACUGGUGGUUGGCAGGGGUUUGGUCGUGGUUCCAAAAUUAAUUCAUCCUAUACCUCCUCCUCUUCAGUCACCAGAGUCAUCUCCUGAGCGUGUCAUGGACGAGACAUGGAUGCAGGAGCUUAAUAUUCAGAGGCCACCAACUCCUACUCGUGGUCGACCACAGCCUGACCUUGACCGCGGUUCCCUAGCGUAUAUAUGACAUGAUGAAAUACAGCCUUUGGGGAUUUCUCAUCUCCCCCACCAAAUGUUGUUCAAAUAUCUGCAAUUGUUGCAGAAUGCAUAUUUUGUAUUGGAUUCUUUUUCUAGUUACAGAUGAUCGAAUUCCCAACUAGUUUGCAAGUAGAGUGGUUUUUUUAUUUAUAUUUUAAAAUUAAUAUUUAACCUGUUAUGGGUGAAUAUUUUGUGGGUAUUGUGUUUACAAGGGAAUGUGACGCGGGUAUAUUAGAAAAGAUGUUGACAUCUUGUACCCCUAAACAUAGGGAUGAUUUAGUGAGGAAGUACAGUUGUUUAGUAUGUAUAUUGUAUUAUAAAAGAAAUAUAUCAAUUUUUUCUCUUUUGAAUA